GGAUGCCAUUUGCAAUUGUCAACAUUUCCGGAUUGGCGUCGUUUGUUGUUGCACGCUACUUAUCGCGUCUUUUCGUUCUUUGACAACAAAAACAAUCGCCUAAUAUUGUGAAUUAGAAAAUAAAAAUCCUGUGUAAUUUGUGAAACAAAAAAGUACGAUAUGAGGAAAUCACCGUUUAGUACUCCGCGAGGAAAUGGAAAUAGUCGUCCUGGUUUUGGAUGGAAAUCCAGUGGCAGUCCAGGGAGAGGUUAUGGACGACCAAAGAACUUGGAAUAUUACAGUCCCAUUCGAAAUCAAAAUUCAUCACAGAGUUCCAGUGAUGAUUUUAUUCCGUUUAAUGCAAAUGGUCCAUCCCCGAGAGAUCGAAAAUUUAGCGGCAAUUGGUCAUCUCCGAGCAGCGGUAAUUGGCUUAGUCCAGGACGCGGAAAUUAUAGAAAUUCUUCCAGUCCUGGCUUCAACAAUUUCGGCAAUAACACCACCAAGGACAACCAACGACAAUCACCUUAUUACAAAAACGGAGGAAAUUCUUUUCGUGGUAAUCGCAAGAACUUUCAUCGAGGCAAUAAUCACCAGAACGUCGAUAUUUCAAGUUAUGUUAAUUUGAGAUCUUUUCUCGAGGAUCCAUGGGCAGAUUUAUUGAAAAAAAUUUCAAGGAAUGCGAGUUUUCAAAAUUCUGCGAACGAAAGUCUUUCUGACUUUAGCUUCGGUAGUUCAGUUUUUGAUGUGGUACAUCUUAAUGACAGUGCCGAGGCAGAUUCGAUGUGUGGUGACCUCAGCAGUCGGGAAGAAACGAGUGGCAGUUUUCCGUUGAGUCAAGAAUCUGUCAAUAUUAGCUCUGGGAGCUCGUCAGAUCCUAAAACUAGCCAGGAUACAAGAGAUUAAUGUGAAUGCGUGGAAAAAAAUUUCUGUGUUCGUACUUAUAUGAAAUUUUUUUUGAUGAUUCAAAUAAUGCAAUUAUGCGAAUUAUUAUCCACUCUCUACUAAAUUAUUUGAAUAUCUGUUGGAGUAUAAUUUGUCUAAUUAUAUUUUAACUUUAUUGCAUCAAAAAAUAUUUCGAUUUCCCAUGUGGUGGGAAUAUCCAUAUGAUACAAGUGACCAGAAUUAUACAAAUCAAUUUUCAGUUCAAUUUUCAUCCAUGAAUCUCUAAAAUCGUAGAAAACAAAAACAUUGCUUCCAAAUGUUAGAGCGAACACAGAAUUCUUUUUUCUAAGAGGCUGUGAUUGUGAUGUUACAGCGUGUGCAAUUUCCUUGCAAGACGCGAGUGCAAUUUUCUACAAUAAAAAACGUACAAAUAAUAGAUAUAUUUAUAUGAAUUAAUAUUAUUAUCAUGAUGUUUUCUUCUUCAUAAUGAAAAAUUAUUUGAAACGGUAUGAAAAAAAAUCGUUAAAUUUCUCAUGUUAAACGCAGCUAAUAUGCGUUGCUCAGUUUUCAUCUUUCGAUGAAUAAAUAAAAUCAACAAACGAUUGAAAUAUUAAAAAAAAAAAAAAAUCUGAACAAUGAUCUAUUUUCGUACGUGCUUAUUGAAAAAUUGCAAACAUAUCUUUGACGACAACUGAUCUGUAAUAUAUACGAACAAUCAACUUAAUUCGCGUCCAGUGUCUACACCGCAAUAUACGACGUUAAUGUUAAUUAUGUAAUAAAAAAAAAGAGAGAAAAGAAGUUGAAAUAAUCGAUUUUUAGUGAAA